AGAAAAAUUUUUAAUCAAGUUUUUUGUUACGAUUUGUAAAUCACAACUUUCUAUAAAACGUGGGUUUUUUUCUUCUAUAAUUUGUAUAAAAAAAAGUUUUAAAAAAAGAUUUUACUAAGUUUCACUUCAUUUUAUGUCUCUUGGGUCGCUACACAAGCAGCUUAAGAGGAGAGCCCAAAUUGUGAAUUUACAUCUCUUUUCUUUUGAGGUGGUCAUUAUUCAUAAUGUCAUCUUUGUUUUAAAAGAAAAAAGAUUGAUUUAAAUUAUUUAAUUAUUUACAACCUUUGUUUUAUUCACUCGAAAGUCGAAAAAAAAUAAAUCUAAUAUUCAUACAAACCUGACCCGAAGUAUGACAUCUUUUUUUUCUCUCUCCUGUGUUUUUAUAUAAAUUUCUUGUUAAAGUUUCAGUUUGGGUUAGUAGUGGUAAUUCUAAUGAUAUUUUGUUAAUUAAACGCAGUGUUUUCUUCGUGUCUAAUUUCUUUCUUUGUAAGCUUGUUAACUUUAGUGAUAAUACUUGUUUUAAAUCGUUUUUUUUUCUUCUUCCAUUUUGGUAAAUUUUAGCUUUAGUUGUCGCCAUUUUUUUCAAAAAGAAUUCUUUAAUCUUCUCUUUCAUUCUUGUUUCUGGCUUAUCAAAUUUUAAUAUAAUACAGCAAAUUCAUUAGCUAAAUCUUUUUGUUUUUUUUCUCAAAAAUUUACAGUGUAGGUUUGUGAUAAACGUACAGCUUUGUGGUCAUCUGAAAAAAAAAAAAUUUUGAGGGUUUGGACAACCUACAAGAAGUAUUUUUGGUACAGAGGUUAUUACAAAUUUUAGUUGUCUAUAUACAAAUUGCAGCGUUAUAGAACAAAUUUACUAAAAGUCCAGUGUCGUCCAAAGAGGCUUUAUGUUUGCUUACUAAACAAAUCAAUUCAAUCGUUAACAAAGUAUUAUUAAAUUCAUUUAUAUCUUCGUUGUCCACAACUUUUGCUACAAAAAAAAAAACAAAAACAUUUUUUCAUGGAUUCGACACAUUUUUUCUAUCCUUUUAAUUAGUAAAGCGUAAAACAACUCUUUUUACACUUUUCACAGGAAUAAAUUUUCAACAUACACCACACAUUAUAAGACAAUCCUACCGAUUCGAAGGAGUCCACACUCCUUUUCAUACCCAUGACAUAGACAGCGCUUGAGGUUAUUAACCUUAGUAUAUCAUACCACGAGUUUACCAUUCCAAAUAUUUUUGCGUAUAUAUUAAGAAAAUUGUUUCCAAUCAGUGACUCAUUUGUCUCCAUAGAGUAUUUUACACUUUAAAUCACAAAGAAAAAAUUCUUUUGAUUCCGAUUACAUUUAUUCAUUCAAAAAAACAAUAUAAAUUCAUUGGUAUUUUUAAUUAGAGACUUCUUCAAAAGUAAAGUUUGCUAACGCCUAUAGCCACCUGGUGAUUUUCUUCUCUUAGUGUAAUCCAAUUCUCGUUUAAACUUUAACUUUUCAACUACCCAAAUUACUCCAAGUAUACUUUCAUACACGUGGGUGCUAACGUUUCUCCAGUUGAAACCCAAAAAUAAAAGAGUGCUUCAUUUAAAACCAAAGGAAAAAAAUUAUUGACAAUUAUUUCAAAUAAGUAUUUAUUUUCUAAAGAGUAGUUUUUUUUCCGUUCAUAAUUCUUUCAUUAACCAUAUCAUUUCCAUAGACAGCAGUCAAACGAAGAAGAAAAAAGUUAAUAGAUUGUGACAGUAAAAAUAUAAAUUUGGAGUAAAUUUUUUAAUUCGUACUAUCUUGAUUCGCUCAUUGUAUUCAAAACUUGCGCAACUCUUGUACUGUCCUAGCCGUUGGUCAUCAACCAAACAAAAAAAAAUUCGUUUUCUACUAACCUGUUCCUCCCUCCCUUUCUCCCUUCCUUCCUUUCCCUCCCUAGGAAACAGUACUUUUGUACCCUUCAAUUUUGUUAACCGGUUCAAAUAAGCUCUUUACACUUCCAGAGAAACUUUAUCGAUAGAUUUAACAAAGAAAAGGGCUUUCAACGGUAAAGAAGAGACUACUGCAUUUUAAAAAUUCACGGUCUCCAUUUUUUUACUUGUACAUGGAUGGGUGGUUUAAAAACACAACGGAACAAUUAUCAUCGUAUCCUUUUAUUUCCUUCCAAAUUGUUUUAUUUCUUAAUCAAUUGACGCAUUCUGUUUCUACCUUUCAAUUUUUUUUUUAUCUCUUAACGACUCAAAUCAAACUUUAGAUAUCCAUUUUAGUAUACUGUGGUCUACUUCGGGUGUAUGUGUGUUUGAUUAGCAUAGUUUUAUUGGUAAACACAAGCAUGAUGUUAUUUCUCCAAAAUCUUUAGUCUGCAGAAUUGAAAGUAUGGAUUUCGCGUAUCUUUUGACUAACCAAUGACAACUACAGAGAAUAAAAGUUUUAUUUUUGACCGCGUUCUAGUAAAGUAAUAAAAUCUUAUGGUUUCAACAUUUGUUAAAAAAUCUUAGAUAGUUUGUUCUUUUUAAGAAUUUUUUUCUUUCUGUUUGUAUAUUCCGCUGUAAAGUGUUUACUCUAAAUCUUUUUCGUUUUCCCACAAAAAAAAAUUGGUUUUUUUUUUCCUUCACCUGUGAGUAACAGUCAGUGUAUUUUUCCUUUCCACAGAAGUAAUAUGGGAAGAACACUAUUAAACGAAACAAUUUCUUGUAGCCCAGUCGGCCCGUACACAGAGACGUCUUGCUUCCAAAGUCCUUCUUUACAUCAUUCUGUAGUUACACUCGCAGCAGUCUGUAUGAAUGGAACUUGUAGAAAUAAGCGUUGUAAACCAAUGACAGAAAGCACUUCCAUGAAAGUGUCAAAGUCUCGCAAGUGUCAUAUAAGUUUAGGAAUUCAAAAAAUCUGUAGAACAGUGGGACGAAACGAUAGUCUUCUACAUGAUAAAAAAGAGGGUGGCGUCACUACAACGAAUUCACCUAGUUUAACAAACCUUCCCAAAACAUGUUUACAAUUAUGUAUGGCUCAGCGCCCAGUAGCGAAUAGUACAUUAAAGAAACUAAGUAAGAAAUCGAAACGGCAAGGAGUCAACGAAAAGAGUCAUCAAACUACACUUAUUUUACAUCCCGUUAAAGCCGUUUGGGCAACUUCAGACCAAGUGAAAGGCGUCAGUCAAUGUUUAGACCAAUCGCGGGUCUCUUGUGGACCUAGUGAUGCAGUGAAACAACAAGUAACAAUAUCAUCUGAAUGUGUGGAUGAGAAGAGUCAAGCACCAGGCAGCAUUUUAGAACCUCUGAUUGACCCACAUCCAUUAGAUUCUUCUAAUAAUUUUACAAUGAAGCCAUAUAAUGAAAAGCUACCAUGUUGUUCAAAGAAUAAUAGUAUGGGUGUUUCAAAUGAUGAGUCAGUCACCACGUCAAUGACUUUGUCACUUUGUUGUGAGAAAAAUCAUGUUUUAUCGAGUAAACUCAAAGCAUUAGUUUCAUCAUGUAAAAGAUUAGCAAACCGUAAAGGGUGUCAAGUGGUUCCGGUCUAUGAAGGACUUCCCCGCAGACAAAGUUUACGAAAACAUUUUGUCGAAGGACGAAAACGCUAUGACAGACAACUGGUAGCAAGUGUUGUUAAAAAAAAUGCAAGCUACGAUGUUGGAACGCUACAGAAAAAAAAGUUAUCAACAGUGCAAGCACAGAAUGUGUCUCAUUUGUUAAAACAAUCGCCUCAAACGCCUGUAAGUGGAAUGAAGACAACUCGAACGUUUAUAACCUCAUCGACAUGCGCGUCCUCUGGAGGUCAGGGUUUUGAGAAUUGUCUUGUACAUUAUAUUUAUGCACGAGAUCGUACACCGGUGAUGGUACCACAAGAAUUAGAAAAAGAGACGCAGGAGAGUUGUAAAAGUCAUGUUUCCAAACAAAGCAUGUUCAUGAAUUCUUCGUACAUUUAUAAUGCCUGGAUUGUUUUACCGUCGGAUCGUCUUUUAUUAGAAGAGAAAAAAAUAACUUCGUGUGUUCGAUUAGAUGCAGCAACGUAUGGUCACAGCUGGUUUGUUCAUCAUAAGCAAAAUGAAACCCGCUUUCAGCCAUGGCAAAUGACCACAGAGGGAAAAAUUGAAAAACUUCGAUUAGGUGUGAUUGCUAUGUAUUGGAAUUCGGCUGCGAUUCACCCUAUUUCGCCAGCCACAAUAUAUGUUGCAAUAAAUAAUUUUGGCCGAUUAUUACAUCAAUGGUCUAAAAUAGAAUUACAACAACCUACAGCGUCACGAUGGGCUCUUGCUGCAGUAACAGCAUUUCGUUUAGCUUUUAAAGCUGAGGAAAGACCUGAAGUUAUGUCGGAAAUACACAAUAUUUGGAAUCUCUUUCCCAUGUUUCAGGAGUGGGACAUCGAUCGAUCACCCCAAACAUUAAAUAAGAUGGAAUCUGAAGCAUUAGAAGUUUUACAAGAUGCCUUAGAUGUUCCUUUAGGUCCAAUGUUUUUAUCUCUCUAUAUUAAUGCAGCAGGAUGGCCUCAAGAGGUGGCGAAAGAUUAUCAUCAACUCGGUUUAUACUUAUUAGCACUAACAUCUUUUGCGUCAACAAAAGAUACGUUUUUAAAAAAUGUAGUACCUUCUCGCACAGCAGCAGCGGCCUUAAUUUUAGCUAUUAAAAUUAUUAACGGUGAUCGCGCUUGUGCUAGAGGAAUGCUUCAUCAUUUAGAUGGCUGUCCUUAUCCAUCUUAUUUAGCCGAGAAAACAAAGGAAGCUGGAGUAUCAGCCGCUUCUAUCCACUGUAAAUGCCGUUAUGAAUUUUAUCCCGAACGUUUACGAAUUUAUACGGGUUUUCCAUUCGAAACAUUAGUUCCUGUGAUUAAAGGUCUUUCAGGACUUCUUCGAUCUAAACCACCAGAGACCUGCAUCUUAACGAACUUUUUUCCUUUAUGGGCAAAUAAUGAUUGGCAAUAAACAAAUCAAGUGUUAAAAUAUUCUGUCUUUUCCUCGUAGUCCAAAGAGUCAAAAUAUGCCACAGCGUUUAUGCUUACAAACGACAUGGCAAAAAAGAUGUUGGUUUUUUUUUCAUGCAAAAAGAGUGUCACAAAUGAAGCAUACAUAACACGAAGGAUGGCAUGUACAUUAGAAAUUUAUUUAUGCAGUUAAGGAAAACUUCAAAUCAUUAUGUGUUUUGUUUUAAUUCAGUUAAUCAAAAGUGGUGAAAAACAAUAGUUUUAAAAAUUCAUGUCAUACGAACAAUUCAUUAAAACUAUUUUUACUAUACACGCGUGGGAACGACUCACAUAUCAGUGGUUAACAUAAGGCUGUGCUGUUGCGUUCAACAGACAUAGUAGUGGGGAAUUGAGAAAAAUAAUUCAACCACACAAAAAUAAAGGAGGAACAUUUCUGAAAUUUGUCGAUAUGUGUCAUUUUAAAAAUGGUGCUUUAAACAAUUUUUGGUCAUGGUAGCUGAUGUCGUUGAAGAGAGGGGAGAAAGUGUGGAUGCCUUAUGGGUGUUCAAAUAAGUGAAGUGAAAGUGACAAUUACAAAAAAGAUCAGUCAAAAAUAACUUGAACUGUGAAUAUAGAAACAGGAUCACAGUUAACGUGAAACACAUUUUGUGUAUAGGAUUGAUUAGGACACAUUUAUGAAGAAUUAUAGCAGGGAUUCUGAAUUAAGAAUCAGUGGAAGUAUUUGAAAGUAAUGUUGUUUUAAUGCUAAGGCAUUAACCUUGUAUUAAAAAAUUUUUCUAGAAUGGAAACGAGUCAUGAAAUUUCACUUGUAUCAAAAACCUAUUGGGGUGGCUUUUUUCCAUUACUUUAUCAAAAAAAAAAUAAAUUUUUCAUAGAAAAUUUAGUAAAACAGGAUACAGCAAUUGAAAAUAAUCAAGAGAAUUUAGAAGAACUAUCACAUCAUUCUUGUCCACUCAUGACACAAUUUAGUGUCGAGAUAGGCUAUAAGCAUGAAAUUAUGGAAUUAAGCUGUGGUGUGGCUCAUUUACUUCUAAGUACAAGAUCUCAAUGGGUAAUGGCGAUGGGAUAUAAUAGUUACAAUCAAUUAGGAGUGUCUUGUACUGAAACUUUGUUAGCAAGAAAACUAUUGAAUAUAACGAAUACAAUGAUUCAGGAACCUUUAGAAAUACAAACAGUGACAGCAGGACCUUAUCAAAGUUUCAUUGUUUUCAAAAAAAACAAAAAGUCAAUUUUUUUAGCUCAAGAGGAUUCAAGUACAAUUGUUUUCAGUUUUGGUAAAAAUAAUGUUGGUCAACUAGGGCACGGAGACCGUUCAGAACAUUCUCUUGCUCCCCGUCAAGUUUUCUUAGUAGCCUAAAAAAAUUUUUGUAACAUCUCUUGUAGCGGGAUAUUAUCAUACAUUAGCUUUAACCAAGGAUCAUCAAGUUUUUGCGUGGGGUUGCAAUCAAAAAAAUCAACUUGGCUCCACUACUUUGGAUACUUUCUUAAACCCUAUGCCGUUUAAAAUUUCAUUGCAAUUGAAGCAGAGAACAGAAGACUGUAUUACUGAUGCCGUGGCAUCUUUAUGGCACUCAUUUCUUGUUGUCAAUUCUCAAAAAGUUUAUCAAUUAGGCUCUACUUGCACGUCGUCAUGUUUUGUUCCAGACUUUAAACCAUUAGAACAACAUAAAAAAAAACAAA